AUGUCAGUUAAAACUGAAUGCAUAUAUGAAAAUUCGGAAAUUGAAGAUGAUUUGAAAAAAGUAUUGACCGAAAAUAAAUAUCAAUUGUCAUGGAUUCCAUACGAUGAAUUUACAAAUAUUAGAGAGAUAGGUAAAGGUGGAUUUGCAACUGUAUAUUACGCUUGGUGGUGUGAUAAAAUUCUAAAUGUAAGUGAUAGUGUUGCUCUUAAGCUACUCCAUGGUUCAAAUAUUUAUCGUGAAGAAUUUAUAAAAGAG